AUUUGCAGCCUGUCUUCUCCGCUUGUAUUGUAGAGUAAACCUAAAGCUCGUUGCUAGUGGGAAUUUGCUUGUUCAACAUUUCUGUGCAUGAAUUAAAGACGGGGCAGCAUGAAAGGUUUAUUCUGCCAAGCUGCAAAAAGUGAUGCUGAGCCAAAGUUUGUUAUUCAGGAAACAACCCUCCCAGAUGUUUUAGGCAAACAUCAGAUCAGAGUUAAAGUCAAAGCAUGUGGACUGAGCCCGCUGGACUUCAAGCUGAUUCAAGAGGUGGGAAUCCAGAAGGAUUUUCUUCCUGUUGGCAGAGAGGUGGCUGGGGUUGUCCUUGAAGUUGGACCCAAAGUGACCUCCUUUCAGCCAGAGGAUGAGGUUGUAGGAGUUCUUCCUCUGGACUCUCUCUGUUCUGGACUCUGUGAAGUUAUUGACGUAGAUGAAUACUAUUUAGUUCAGAAGCCGGAAAAGCUUAGCUCAGUGUGUGUCGCGGGAGCGCUGCGUGAUGGAGUCUGUGCUUACACUGCUCUACACACACAUGCUCGCAUGGCAGCCGGACACACACUACUGGUGAUGGACGGGGCCAGUCCUUUUGGCCUCAUGUGCAUCCAGUUGGCUUGUUAUCACGGAGUGAAGGUUCUCACAACAUCACCCUCACCACAGAAACAAACCUUCCUGGAGCAGCUUCGGCCCAGCAUAGGCAUUCAGGAUCCUUUAGUAGCCAGAGUUAUUCCGGUGCAUAACGGAUCACCGGAUCUGCUGUCAGCGGUUCUGGAGGAGACUGGAGGACUGGGAGUGGAUAUAGUUGUGGAUUCUGAAGUUCGUCUGCAUGGAGAUGAGGAGGGGGAAGAGAAAUUACUGCCUCACAAGCAUGACAUCAUCAGUGUACUGGGAGUGGGCGGGCACUGGGUCACAUCCCACAAAAACCUGCAGUUGGAUCCUCCAGACUGCAGGUUACUGUAUCUAAAAUCAGCCUCUGUGUCAUUCCUCAACCCCGAGGUCUGGACUGCUUCAUCAGCUCAGCAAGGAAGAUAUCUCCAUAUUCUGAAAGACAUCGUGGAGAAGAUGGCAGCUGGAGUUCUCAGACCUCAGACGCAAGAAGCUGUUCCUCUCUAUGAAGCCACUGUUGCCAUGGAGACUAUCCAGCGUCAUCCCAAGAAAAAGGUUGUUGUUCAGCUCUAAUAAAACAUAAAACCCACUCAGUUCUGGGUCCAGAUCUUUGACAUAUUACACACUGGAAAUUAAGUCAUUGUGAACAGUUGUUUAAAAAAUACAUAAAAGCUGUUUGUUAAAAAUAUGUUGAUAAUACAAUAAAAAUAAAAUUGCAUGUGUGAAAUUAGAAGAUCAAGUGUGUCUGCUGUAAGGAAAUGGUUGUUACUGCACAGUCAAUUGAAAUAGUUUUUUUUCAAUAAAUCAAGAAGACUAAAAACUAUGUUUUCAAUGACCAAAUAAAAAUCCAUUCUUUCCUUGUUUGUUUAUAUCUUAUAAUUUCUAAUGUUCUCAAUCGGUGUAACAUUGACAAUAAAGGUGGAACAUUAUUUACAGCUGUCAGUCAAAGCCAGGUUUGUGGAAACUGUUAACAUCUCUACAUCCAAAUGAUGUAAAAUUGACUUUAUGUGUACUGACUCAAUCAAUACUGUCUUGUAUAAGAAUAGAUGAUUAGAUGUAGCCGGCUGUGACCUGUGUUAAUUCCUGCAUCUUAAACCACUAUUUCACACAGACCACCAAUAAUUAGUAUUGCAACAUUUUAGGAUUCAUGUUUUCUGUUCCAGUUUGUGACCCCCUAAAAUUCAGUUACAGCAAAGGUACUGUAGGUAAAGAUAAAUCUUGAGAUUUGGCUUGACAUUCAUGAAUAUUGUCAAGAAUUUUGUACAAUUUACAAGAAUCUAUUGAGAAUACUUCAAGAACGAUAGGAAUGAGCUAACAAUAGGCCGAAUGCAUUUAAGAAUCAGGUACGAUUACGUUUAAAUUCGUUAAUAUUAUUAACAUUUCAUGGGAUUUUCCAUCAAAUAUAAAAAAAGAGACUAAAAAGAGUUAAUUUUAUUUGAAUAACUUGAUAUUUAGUAGUUAAAAUCUUAAGUGAUUGUUUUUGCCAAUAGAAUGAAGAAAACAAAGUGUUUGUUUUUGGACAUAAAUUGUAAUAAACUAAAUAAAAGAUAUAAAGUUUUA